CCCAUUUCUUGAGAAGGGUGUGUUUGCUGGUCACUGGGCAUGACUUCUGUUUCGUUGGGGUCCGUCCUUCCAGUUGGGACGGCUCCUGGAAUGCGUAUUCUCCGUGAUGGAAAGGGGCGCGGACAGCUUUUUGCAACGGUGGCUUUGUCAGGUGCCCCUGAACCAGAGAGGUGGCGCCCUCAACCCCCGCGGGAACCCAGUGAGCAAGGCCUGCCUGAGGACUCGUGGCGGCAUUCUGUUUUGCCGCAGGGUUCAAAUCUGCCGGGAUCUGAAAGAUUUAAGCGCUGCGGAAGCUCGUGCGGGCACACACGCCUGCCGCCAAGGCCAGGACCGUCCUGCGGAUGGCCGAGAGUCCUCUGGGGCCUGGAGAUUCGGGAGAGAUUCCAUCCCCGGGAGGCCACCCCCGACAGCCCCGAGCCACGCGACGUCUUCGUGGCUGCCUCCCGGUGACGAUGGCCGCGUGAGCGUCCGCCAUGGCCAACCGCAAGCGGCAGAGCACAGCGAGCAGCAUGCUGGAGCACCGCGCGCGGCCGGGCGCCGGGCCCCACGGGGAGGAGCCCGAGAGCCAGGAUGCGGAGCUGCCGCUGGAGGCCUACGCGCCCCCGGGCCUGGACCUGGCCGCCCUGCGGCCUGAGAGCCCCGCCCCCCUGGCGCAGGACGGCCUGGCGCACAGCCCGGAUGGGGACUCCAGCUCCGACUACGUGAACAACACCUCAGAGGAGGAGGACUACGACGAGGGCCUCCCCGAGGAGGAGGAAGGCGUCACCUACUACAUCCGCUACUGCCCGGAGGACGACAGCUACUUGGAGGGCGUGGACUGCGACGCGGACGCAUACCUGACCCGCGGCGCACGCCCCCUGGACACGGAUGAGUGCCAGGAGGCGGUGGAGGAGGAGUGGACGGACUCGGCCGGCCCGCACCCCUGCGGCCGCCUCCCCGUCCCCGAGGACGAGGCCUCCGAGCUGGGGGCGGCGGACCAGGAGGACGGCCUGCCCUACGGCCCCGGCGAGGAGGCCUACCAGGACUACUACGCCCCGGAGGCUAACGGGAACGCGGGCGGCAUGUCUCCCUGCCGCCCGAGGCGUGGCGCCGGUGACGCGGAGGACCAGGAGGAGGACAUCGACCAGAUCGUGGCCGAGAUCAAGAUGAGCCUCAGCAUGAGCAGUAUCGCCAGCGCCGGGGAGGCCAGCCCGGAGCACGCGCCGGUGCGGGGCCCGGAGCCGGGGCCCGGGGUUCCCUCGGAGGCCUGCCGGCCCGGGGAGGCCAGCCGCGGCCCCAGCAGACACGAGGGGAGGCCCAAGUCGCUCAACCUGGCCCCUGAAGCCAAGCUCCCUGGGGACGCCCAGAGAGGCUUCAAGACCAAGCCCAGGACACCCGAGGAGAGGCCACAGUGGCCCCCAGAGCAGGUCUGCAACGGCUCGGAGCAGCCCCGGAAGCAGCAGCGCUCCGACCUCAACGGGCCGGCGGACAACAACAACCUCCCGGAGACGAAGAAGGUGGCCUCCUUCCCCAGUUUUGUGGCUGUUCCAGGGCCCUGCGAGCCGGAGGACCUCAUCGACGGGAUCAUCUUCGCGGCCAACUACCUGGGGUCCACCCAGCUGCUCUCGGAGCGGAACCCUUCCAAAAACAUCCGGAUGAUGCAGGCGCAGGAGGCCGUCAGCCGGGUUAAGAGGAUGCAGAAAGCUGCUAAAAUCAAGAAGAAAGCGAACUCUGAGGGGGACGCGCAGACCCUGACCGAGGUGGACCUCUUCAUCUCCACCCAGCGGAUCAAGGUGUUGAAUGCGGACACACAGGAAACCAUGAUGGACCACGCCCUGCGCACCAUCUCCUACAUCGCGGACAUCGGCAACAUCGUGGUGCUGAUGGCCCGGCGCCGCAUGCCGCGCUCGGCCUCGCAGGACUGCAUCGAGACCACGCCCGGCGCGCAGGAGGGGAAGAAGCAGUACAAGAUGGUGUGCCACGUGUUCGAGUCGGAGGACGCCCAGCUGAUUGCCCAGUCCAUCGGCCAGGCCUUCAGCGUGGCCUACCAGGAGUUCCUGCGGGCCAACGGCAUCAACCCCGAGGACCUGAGCCAGAAGGAGUACAGCGACAUCAUCAGCACCCAGGAGAUGUACAACGACGACCUCGUGCACUUCUCCAACUCCGAGAACUGCAAGGAGCUGCAGCUGGAGAAGCUCAAGGGCGAGAUCCUGGGCGUGGUGGUGGUGGAGUCCGGCUGGGGCUCCAUCCUGCCCACCGUCAUCCUGGCCAACAUGAUGAACGGCGGCCCGGCCGCCCGCUCCGGGAAGCUGAGCAUCGGCGACCAGAUCAUGUCCAUCAACGGCACCAGCCUGGUGGGGCUGCCCCUGGCCACCUGCCAGGGCAUCAUCAAGGGUCUGAAGAACCAGACACAGGUGAAGCUCAACAUCGUCAGCUGCCCGCCAGUCACCACGGUCCUCAUCAAGCGGCCAGACCUCAAGUACCAGCUGGGCUUCAGCGUGCAGAAUGGAAUUAUCUGCAGCCUCAUGCGGGGAGGCAUCGCCGAGCGAGGGGGCGUCCGCGUCGGCCACCGCAUCAUCGAGAUCAACGGGCAGAGCGUGGUGGCCACGGCCCACGAGAAGAUCGUGCAGGCGCUGUCCAACUCGGUCGGCGAGAUCCACAUGAAGACCAUGCCCGCCGCCAUGUUCCGGCUCCUCACGGGCCAGGAGACCCCGCUGUACAUCUAGGCCCCGAGGAGCAGGGGCCGGACUUGCCCCCGCAGCCAACCCGAGGAGGCUGGCUCCCCGAGGGGCGCCCUUGCCCCCCUUUUUCAUGACACGAGGGGCACGUCUGUCGGACGAGCGUCGCAGGAGCCCGUCUCCGCGCAGCAGCCCAGGAUCUCACCGCGUUCCGACCCGUCUCUCCUCGCGGCUGACCAGGUGUGUGGGUCCCUCUGUGGCGUGGCGUGUCUGUGCUCCCGGAGCUGGGCCGGGGGUGCCUGACGGCCCCUGGAAGGGCUGAUGGUACCGCUGCCACGCCCGCGGGAGCGAGGGCGCCGUGACUUGAGGUUCCGGGCUGCGACCGUGUGGAACUUGGAGGAAGGAGCCGCUCCUGGGUCACACAAAGGGUGACAGCCACGGCACUGCAUCGCUGUCGCUCCUGAGACACCACCGCAGGGUCCACUUUGCAUUCCGACAGGCCGCUCUUCGGACUUGAGGGUCUCCAGGUGGCCCGAGCUCACCUGCUCCCUGGACCCUCCUGGGCACACCCCACCUCCAGGGACACGGGGGCGGCCCUCUACCCACACACACGCGCCCCCCCCAAACACACAGCCCUCCACCACCCCCGGGCGCCAGUAUUGGAGCGCGUGCAGGUCGCCGCCGCCGCCAGCCUAGCACGGCCCCACGGGGCGGCACGAGCGGACACCACGCUGCCCGGGUCUCCGCCCUGGCCCCGGCCUGGGAGAUACACUGUGACUAAAAAGCCUUACCACCCUGAAGCGCUAGGACCCCCGUGUCCCAGGACGACCCGUGUGUUGCAUGCAGCCGCCCUCGGGAGACUCGCUCACGUCACUAAUAAACGCGAACUCACGAUGAGGAGCCGUCUGCCUGGCUGGUGUGUCCACAGACAGGGAGGGGGCGCUCCCAGUGGCAGGCUGGUCCUGGUGACGGGGCCCGGACCUGCCCCCCGGCCCACCAGUGUCCCCGGAGUGAGACGGGCUGCUGACCGGCUGCACGUGGGUCACCCUGGGUGAAAUGGACACUCCUCCCUGGAGUGCUGCGUGCAUACGCGUGUCUGUGUGCGUGUGUGGGUGCACGUAACAGGCGGACCGCCGUCCCCGGCGGUCUCCCUACCUGCAGGUCUGGGCAGCCUCUGGGCGCCAGGGGCCUCUACGGCUCUCGCACAGCUUGUCUCGGUCCGGGGUCACCUGGCGUGGGGCAGGGCUGAGUGUGAGCCUGGGGGCCUCGGGCGGCCGCACUCCCUGCUGUGGCGCCCCCCAGGAGGUGGGGGCCCCAC